GUUGCUCGGCGCUGCUCCGUGAGAAACAGUAUCAAAGGGCAUUGAAAUACAUCACCAACCCUGUUAUUUCUAUUUAAACAAAUAAUCGAAACUCCGGUAAAGCCCCCAGGAGGUGUCAAUUCCUAGUGGUGCUGCAGCCCUCCGAAAAUUCAAACCAUAUCUCAAGAGUUGUUAUUGGAAAUAGUGAAUUGUAAAUUUUCCACGUCCAACAGAAUUUCCACCUUCACCCAAUCCUUGCCUUUACCUGGGAAUAACGGGUGCCAUCUGAAUUUCUCAGUGGAAAUUCCCCGAGAAUAGAAAAUUGUUUUGUGUUGAGUGGAAAAAAUAGUGAAUAAUGUACAGAGAUCAGUGUGGAAUGGAUUUAGUGUGUGAUGGGCUGUCAGUUGGAUUCAGUUGACGAGGUGAAGGCAGAGGCCGGCUUGUUAUGAUACAACUGCUCCAGAAAAUUUGGGGGAUUCCACCACCUCCUGGAGUGAUUUGAGUGGUUCAUUGAAGGAUUGGGAGUGAUCGAGAGUGAUCAGAUACCAACUAGUUAAAUCCUUAGUGAGAGACAGGAGGGAUUAUCGAAUCUGUGAAAGGAGAAUGGAAAGUCCUAGGAGGUUAGGUUGACAGUUUUUCCGGCACGCCCCGUCCACGGAUUUUCCCCAUGUCCCUGCACUAUUCACUCUCUCUUACCUGAGCCACGAUAAUCGAUAAUCGAUAAUCUCGAUUGAGCUCUGACAGCCAGGGGUUUAUUAUUUUUUUUAACAAGAAGAAGAAGAGCCUGAUGAGAAAAUUCAUGCAUGAUUGAUGGAGAGGAUUGCUGAUUGACGUACGAUAAAAUGUUCAAUUUCAUGAAGAAGACAACAGAGAAGGAGGAGAAGGAGAAGAGGAAGCGAGAGAAGAAGGAGCGGAAGGAUGUGAAGAAGAGGGACAGGGGGAGUAUGUCGACUGAGGAAUUGUUGAGGCUGGAUGAGAUGAGGAGAUCGUUGAAAAUUCGAGGACGUCGUAAGGAGAAAGAGAAGCUCCCCAGUGGAAUAACAGCUGAUUACAGUGCAUCAUUUUUCGCUCAGCUUGAUCGUGACCUGCCUGACAACUCGGUCAAUCCAGCUGGUACAAGCUGGACGAGAACACCCGAUGGCCUGACCCAGAGUGACUCCUCGGAGACGUCUCUCACGUCGGUGAGUCUCGCUGGUGCUGGAAAAACUCUGCCACCACUGCCUCCAAAGCCACCAAAACGAGGGAUUCUCAAGGGCCCAAGACUGAGCAUCACGAGUAUUACGAGUGUGGUGGAAGGGACUGUUGUCUCUCAGAAUGGUGGUGAGGGGGAGGCCAAUCACUCUGAGGCUAGUAAUCUCCUGGUGAGAAAUACACUUCAGAAUGAAGUGAUAACAUAUCAAAAUCUACCGAGGGAUGAGGUAUGCAGUGAGGAAGAGUCAAUGUAUGCUCGCAGGAGUCCUCAGGGCAGGCACCAGGACUCGAAACUCCUGCAGAUGGUAACAAGUGCGAGCCCUUCUGCUGAUUCCUUGACUGAUACAACCAAUUCGUCAUUCGCAACACCACCAUUCAGUCUCUCGCCUGUGGGCGAGUCUCAGGGAUUCUCUCGGUGGAGAUCUUCAGCUUCCUUUGAGGAUCAGGGAAUUGAUCUACCACUGCCUGGUAUUGUUCCUCUUGUGAUGCAGCAGCCUCGGGAGCUCACUAUCCUCAGACAACCACCUCCAAGAAACGAUUUUGGAUUUUCGUUGAGGCGUGCUGUUAUCGUUGAGCGAGGACCUAAUGGCUCUGCUCAGAUGAAACCAGUGACUUUUGCAGAGCCAGGGGCCAUUGUCCAGAAUAAUAACGAUACUGGCCUGUUACCUGGAGAUCGGUUGAUCGAGGUCAAUGGGAUUAAUGUCGACGAUAAGGCCAGAGAGGAAAUCAUUGAUCUCAUCAAGGGAUCUGCCAAUUGUGUCACAGUUAAGGUCCAGCCAGUAGCAGAAUUAUCAGAACUAUCACGACGUGGGGGAUCAGAUGGUCAACAGGUUGAGCUAGCACCUGCUAACAUACGAGGAGGGACUCUGAGGCGCUCUGGGAGUCAGCGAUUCCAUCAGAAUACGGCCCGCACUGAGGAGCACUUGGCUCAGGAACAGGCGUGGUUGGCGUCAGAACGUGUCUGGCUACUUCACAGAGGUGGAUUUACAGCGGGCAGAAGAUGCGGUGCAGGCGAUCCCGACACUGGAAAACUCCGGGUGCGGUUGAUACCCGGUGGCGAGGAGCUCCUCGUCGACGAGGAAGACGUCGAGAAGGCAAAUCCACCCCAAUUCGAUAAGGCCGAGGAACUCUCGCAGCUGAGAUUUCUCAACGAAUCAUCUGUUCUGCACACACUUCGACAGAGAUAUGCGAGCAACCUCAUCCACACCUACGCUGGCGACAGUAUGAUUGUCAUUAAUCCGGUCGCACCAUUGGCAAUCUACUCCGAGAAGGUGGUGCACAUGUUCAAGGGCUGCAAAAGCGAGGACAUGCCACCUCACAUAUAUGCAAUGGCCCAAUCAGCCUACAGGGGAAUGCUGGCGACGCGACGUGAUCAUUCCCUAGUAUUUUUAGGUCGCAGUGGCUCGGGCAAGACCACAAACUUCAAGCACGCCCUGCACUACCUCGUGCUGGCAGCUGGUACAGUAAACAAGAUUCUCACGAUCGAGAAAUUAAACGCUUUAUUCACGGUUCUGGAAGCCUUUGGUAAUAGCAGAACCCAUAUGAACUCGAACGCAACGAGAUUCACCCAGAUUUUCAGUCUGGACUUCGAUCAGUCAGGUCAAAUAGCCUCAGCGUCUCUUCAGGUUCUGCUUCUCGAGAAAUCGAGGAUCGGUAGGAGACCAAAUGGAGAUCCCACAUUCCACGCAGUUUAUCGGCUGCUGGCUGGUGCUGAGGGGGCCCUCCGCAAGGAAUUAAAUCUGACGAAUCUAGUGGCUGAAAAUAAUCCCUUCAUAACUCCACUGCAGAAACACGAGGACAAACAGAGGGCCAUGGUGGAAUUCAAUCGUAUAAUUGCGGCAUUUAAAAUUCUUGGGGUAUCGGAAGCAGACGAGAAGGUUGUGUGGUUGGUUCUAGCUGGGAUCUAUCAUCUCAGUUGUGCUGGUGCUGUCAAGGCUGGCAGUGGAUCACAGACAAGAUGGCAGUUUGCCAGAGUUGAUUGUGCUGAGAGGGCAGCCAAUCUCCUGGGGACAACAGUCGAGGAACUCAGCAGAAUCGUAUUCUCCUCGAGUACUGGUGGUGGUGGCAGUGGUGGAGGGACACCCAACGGAGGAAGGCCCACCCUGAGAACUCCCAGUCCCACAGACAGUGGAAAAGACACGUCUGGACUGGAUUCACUCGAAGGACUCCUCAUUGGAUUGUACUCAGAAAUUUUCCACUGCAUUGCUGCACUCAUUAACAAAUCUAUAUCAUCAUCAUCAGUCCACACUGUCUCAUCGAUGCUCCUCUGUGAUGCUCCUGGCUUUCAGAAUCCUGCCUCCUGUGGACGUCAGACUGGUGCUAAUUUUGAGGAUCUUUGUGACAAUUAUCUGCAGGAACGUCUGCAGGCCCUCUUUCAUUACACUGCACUUGUGGCACCCAAGGAUCGCUAUGCCCAGGAGGGAAUUGAUGUCAAUUACGAGGAGGAUUAUGAUGAGAACUGCAUUGGAUCGCCAAGGGCUCUGGUUUCUCUUCUUGAUAGGGGACAACAGAGUGCUAUGCUCAGAACCAGUCAGAGUGAUCUCAGGCAGACUGAGAGAAAGGGACUACUCUGGCUCCUCGAUGAAGAGGCUAUGUGCUCUGGGGGCAGCGAUGAAUCCUUCAUGGAUCGACUUUUUUCACUCUAUGGAGACAGGGAUCAUCAGCUACUGCUCAGGAAAGCUCCUGGAAAUAAUGAGUUUGUCCUGCAGCAUCUCCAGGGGACCAAUCCAGUUUUAUAUACUGCCACUGGGUGGAUCAGGGCCACCAGGGAGAAUACUGUCACCAGGAGUGCCAUCACUGUUCUCCAGGAAAGCACCAGGGAAGAUGUCAGCAGAUUGUUUGUCCAGGCCCGUGGUGCUGGAGUUUGUGGGGCACUCAGUGGAUCAGUGCCUGGGCUUGAGGGCUCCCAAUCGCUCAGGAGAGCCUCCAGUAUUAGAAGAACAUUUACUGCUGUCAAAAGGAAGAAUGCCUGUUUGCAAGUCAAGUUUACAGUGGAUGGUCUCAUCGAAACUCUCAGAAGGACUCGCGUGAAAUUCGUUCAUUGUCUGCUUCCUCAGCACAAUGCGGGCUGCACCGACAAUAAGAGCCUUCUGACAGUGAAAUCGAAUCAGAGUGAGGACAGUAUAAUGAACGUACCUCUCCUCCGUUCUCAGAUUCGGGGUAGUCAGAUUAUAGACGCUGUACGGCUUCAUAAAGUUGGAUAUCCCAAGCACAUACCUCUCAGUGAAUUCAGGCGACGAUUUGGAUUGCUCUCUAAUGAUGCAAAUGCACGCCCUGGAAGUCCUGUUGCCGAUGAACGCAGAGCUGUUGAGGAUAUGCUCCUGUCCGUUGACGUUGAUCCAGCAUCAUAUCGCGUUGGGCAGAGUCAGAUAUUCUUCAGAGCUGGGGCACUGGAGAGACUGGAGUCUCAACGGGAUGAAAAAUUAACUGGUCACAUAAUACUGCUGCAAGCUAGAUGCAGAGGGUACCUAGCACGCAGGAAACUCAAUACUCUGAAGCUGCAGGAUCUCGCAGUGAGGUGCAUCCAGAGGAACGUGAGGAAGCUGAUGUCUGUACGAGAGUGGCCUUGGUGGAGGCUGUACGUAAAAGUUGCGCCAUUGCUCAACGUCCACAGAACCGAGGAUCAGCUCAAAGCACGAACGGAGGAACUCGAAGUGUUGCGUGCUAAAGUCGAGAAACUGGAGCAAGAAAGAAAUCACUUGAAGCAUGACAACGACAAGCUCGAAGCCAAGUUAAGCGUCAUGACAGCUGAUUACGCCGAGGAGCAUUCGACUUCGACUCUAGCAGCUGAACGAAUAGACGCCGAGACGUCAGAAAGAUUGCGCCUGGAGCGAGAGCUCCAGGAUGUCACCGAGGCCCACAAGAAUCUCCAGCAAACAACGGAGCGACUCGAGAUGGAAUUGCUGUACGCCAGGGCAGCCGAUUUGAAUGGAAUUGUUUCGGACGGAGAGGACGGGGAGGACGGCGGUGUCUAUAAACAGAGAUACGAGCACGCGAUACGUGAAUUAGAGUUCAUCAAGCGUAAAAUGGCACAACAACACGAGGACGAUUUAGAACAGCUCGUGGGACUCAAGAAGCAGCUCGAGAAGAAGCUUGGUGACGCGUACGAGGAAGUUGAAGAACAGCGACAAGUUGUUGGUCAAUGGAAACGCCGUGUUCAGAAAUUGAAUGGAGAAAUGCACGAUUUGAGACUUCUCCUGGAGGAACAGACCGCGAGGAACAAUCUGCUGGAGAAAAAACAACGGAAGUUCGAUUCGGAGACACAGAAUCUUAUAGAUGAUUUGAGGCAGGAGAAAGCGCAGAGGGAGAGAUUGGCACGGGAAAAGGAAAUUGCUAUUGCUGAGAAAUUCACAAUUGAACAAAAUUUGAGUGAUGCUAAAUUGGAAAUCGAGCUGCAGGAGGAGCGCCUGCAUACUCUUUCCCAAGAGCUAGAGGAGUUGACCUUCGGUGGAAAAACUGAGGAAGAAGUGGCCCAAUUGAAAAAAGCAAAACACGAACUCGAGAAAAAAUGCAAGGAUCAGGAAGAGGAGCUGGACGAUCUUGCAGGUCAAGUCCAACUGCUGGAGCAGGCGAAGCUGCGAUUGGAGAUGAGUAUCGAGCAGCAGAGGAAGGAAAUGAGAAAAGAAAUGCAGCAGCGUGACGAGGAGUUGGAAGACGUUCGUGGUAAUGCCCACAAGAAGGUGAAAGCCCUGGAGGCACAGCUGGAGAAUGAACACGAGGAGAGGACAAUUUUGCUCCGUGAGAAGCACGAGUUGGAGAGGCGACUGGUGGCCUUUGAGGAUCAGGAUCGAUCGGAUAGAGCGGCCGAGGCUGAGACGACCCAGAGACUCAAGAGAGAUUUGAAGAGGACACGAGCACUUCUGAGGGAUGCCCAAACGAUGCUGGAGAGGUCUAAAGGGGAUUCAACGGGUAAAGCAGCACUGAGACAGCUGAAAAAUCAGCUGGAGGAUGCUGAGUGCGCUCGAGCUGUUGCUGUCAAGGCGAAACAGGCACUGGAACAGGAACUCAAUGAGACUCAGGCUGUGUUGGAUGAGGCCUCCAAAGCGAGAUCAGAGGCUGAGGAAAGGGCCAAUGUUGCCAAUCGUGAGAGAACAGAAUUGAUAUCACAAUUGGAGGAGAAUGAGGAGGAGCUUGCGGAGGUACUGAAAAAAUAUAGAGCAGCUGUCCAGCAAGUGUCCAGUGAGCAGUCCCAGUUGCAAGAAGCUCAGGUGCAGAUGUCGGCUCUCGAGGCUGAGAAAUCAGCUCUCAAGGAUCAGCUGAUGGAGCUGAGCCAACGACUGGAGUCUGUGGAACAACUGGGCGAUCCAACUGCUAAUAGUCUAGCCACGAGACGUCUUGAGUUCAGGGCUAAAGAGCUGGAGAGUAAACUCGAGCUUGAACAGACCACUCGGGCUAGGGUUGAGACACAGAUCGCCAGGAUGAAGGAGACUGUCGAUAAAUUACAGACCGAAACUGCUUUGUUGAGGACCAAGGAGCAAACUGCUCAGGACGCUGUCCGGAGGCUUCAGAGAUCUCUCAGGGAGUUGAAGGAUGAGGCCAGCUCUGCCACUGCCAGGGAACAGGAGGCGACGAGGGCCCGGAGAGAUUUGGAAAAGGCUCUCGAUGCCGCUGAGGCUGAGACUAAAAUCGCUAGAGAUGACUUGAGACUCGCUCUGCAGAGGAUCGAUGAUUUACAGAGUGCCAUUCAGGGGGAACUCGAUCUCGAUUGCAGCGAGGAGGGGACCAGUGAAAAUAGCGAUAGUGAUUGAUCAACUGCUUCAGCGGAUUGUGAACCAAAUUCACAUUUGGAAUUCACGAGGAACAACUGAAAAUAAGGCUGACCACCUUGAACAAAUGAAAAACUUUUGCAACAAUUUCAUCGAACUGAAGAGUCAAUCACAAGGGAUCAUCAUCAUGGGAUUAGUAUUAACCCACCCAUUUUUUUUUCUUAAAACAUGCUAAUCACGAUGUUAGGAAGUCUUUAAUAUUUUUUUCAAUUAAUUUGCCUGACGGUGUCAGGUCAAAUGAGGAGUAUAUAAAAAGUACGUGAAAUGAGCGAUUAAGAAUCUAAACGCCUUGAGUGAGUGCCGAAGUGAUUUUAUUUCAAUCUAAUUACUCAUUUGCUAUUUAUUUUUCUGGUGCUAAUAUGUGUUCGAAAGAUCUUACGCUCAUGUCUUCCAAGAGCACAAGCCAUUCGAUCAAAAGUAGUUGAUGUCGUUUGAAAAAUGUUCACGAUGCGUUCACGAUUCACCGCCUGAACAAUGUUUGACUGAAAUUUAAAAAAAAAAUACUCGCGUAUCAGUUGAGUUCAAGUCACACAUUCACAUGGCACUUUUAUACGUGUAUACGAGAGACACUUGAUGCAAGAAAAAUGAAUUGAGGCGGUCAAUGUUGAAGUAUCUGUAUAAGUCGACUGCGAACAAUUGAUUGAUGUUCUAGUUUCAUGUGCGGAACAUUAUGUAACUUAUUUGCUUUGUAAAAUGCAGAUCUUAUUUAAUUAAAAAUAUUUACAUUCA